AGAAGCGUAAGCAAUGUAUCGGCGCAGUCUGGAGGAGGAUUGCAGUUAAAGUGAAGGGAGAGCAAGAGUUUGUGCAAAAAUACACAAUCCGAAAUGGAAAGUGGUAGGAAGCGACUUAUCAACUUCGGUGCUGGUCCUUCCAAGCUCCCGCUACCGGCCUUGCUUCAAGCACAGAAAGAGCUGUUGGAUUACAAGGGACUUGGAAUUAGUGUUCUAGAAAUGAGCCACAGAUCUUCAGACUUCGUCAAAAUUCUCAAUGCAACAGAAAACGACCUGCGAGAGUUGCUAAAUAUCCCAGAAAACUACAAAGUGAUUUUUCUCCAAGGAGGUGGAACUGGUCAGUUCAGUGCUGUCCCUCUAAAUCUUAUUGGAUUAAAAGAAGAGCGAUGUGCUGAUUAUGUGGUUACUGGAUCCUGGUCUGCUAAUGCAGCCAAAGAGGCAGCAAAAUAUGGAAAAGUGAACAUUGUCCACCCCAAGCUUGAUGCUUACAUAAAAAUCCCAAAUCCAAGUAACUGGAAUUUGAACCCAAAUGCCUCUUAUGUUUACUAUUGCGCCAAUGAGACGGUACACGGUGUGGAAUUCCCCUUUAUUCCAGACACAAAAGGAAAUGUGCUGGUCUGUGACAUGUCGUCAAGUUUUCUUUCAAAGCCGGUGGAUGUCUCCAAGUUUGGUUUGAUUUUUGCUGGUGCUCAGAAGAAUGUUGGUUGUGCUGGAGUGACUGUGGUAAUAAUCAGAGAGGAUCUUUUGGGAUUUGCACUGAAGGAAUGUCCAAUAGUUUUUGACUAUAAAGUACAAGGGAAUAGCAGUUCUCUCUACAAUACUCCACCAACCUACAGCAUUUACAUUAUGGGUUUGGUCUUGCAAUGGAUUAAGAAGUGCGGUGGUGCUCAAGCGAUGGAUCGAAACAGUGUUGCUAAAUCCAAGCUGAUUUAUGAUGUAAUUGAUGGAUCCAGUGGAUUCUAUGUGUGUCCAGCUGCUUCAAUCUGUAGAAGCAGAAUGAAUAUUCCAUUCCACGUUGGAAAUGCUAAUGGAGACAGUGCUCUUGAAACGGAGUUUCUCGAUGAAGCUGCCAAACAUAACAUGAUAUCAUUAAAAGGCCACAGGUCGGUUGGUGGAAUUCGUGUUUCCCUCUAUAAUGCUGUGACAGUGGAAGAAGCUCAAAAAUUGGCAGAGUUCAUGAUCAACUUUAUGAAGGAACAUCUUGUGUAAACAUUUCAGUUUUGGUUUUAACACUGCAUCUUAUUUCUACAAUGUAAACCCCUGGGUUUUCAGGAAAUGUUCAGCAGGUCUGGCAGCAUCUGUGGAGAGAGAAAUGGAGUUAACAUUCCUGACGUAAGAUCAUUGACCUUAAACGGUCUCGUGCUUGCCAAACCUGCUGAACAUUUCCGGCAUCUGCAGCAUUUUGCCUUUGCUCUAACAUUUUGUGUACUGUUGGUUAUAUACAUGUAAGAUUUAAUUAGUGUUGGUAGUAUCAGAAACUUUCAAAAAUGCAAAUCUUAAUACACCAAACUAGGUAUAAACUAAGUUAGUGGAGGAACUACCAAUGCAAUAUUAAAGAAUCAGAAUCUUAAUCUAAAGCUUUUCUUUGUCUCACCUUUCAAUUCAGACUUGCCCUGUAAAGCUAGCCUUCUAACUGACUAAAUUGUGGCUAUGAAGCUCUUUGCAGGGAAAAUGCAAUGUAAUAGGGUGAUGGUUAAAUAAAACCUGAAUAUGGACCAUAAUGUUACAUAAUGUCAUUUAUUUUUACAUGGUAGAGCUGAUCAGAUAUCCAGGCAGUGUGUGGACCACAUUCAAUACAUGUUGAAUUAGAAAUAAAGCUGAAACAUAUGGCA